AUGGCAUACCCACGCGCAAGCAUCAGGCCGCGCGCCAACAAGCGCAAGGCCUCGUCCUCUCUUUUGUCCAAAAUCACCCUCUGCGCCAUGGUCCUCCUCGCUAUCAUCUGCUUCCUCCCCGCCGGCAACAUGGCCCGCGCAGAAGACAAGGAGGCCAUGGGCAACGUUAUCGGUAUCGACCUCGGAACUACCUACUCGUGUGUGGCUGUCCAGAAGAACGGCCGUGUUGAGAUUAUCGCCAACUCUCUUGGAAACCGUAUCACGCCGUCUUACGUCGCGUUCACCGACGAGGAGCGCCUCAUCGGUGAGGCUGCCAAGAACCAGGCCCCACAAAACCCCGAAAACACGGUCUUUGACGCCAAGCGUCUCGUUGGCCGCCAGUUCAAGGACCGCGACGUCCAGCGUGACAUGAAGCACUGGCCGUUCAAGAUUGUUAACAAGGGCGGUAGCCCCAUGAUCGAGAUCGACAACAAGGGCACCCUCAAGGAAUUUACGCCCGAGGAGAUCUCGGCCAUGAUUCUUACGCGCAUGAAGGAGACCGCUGAGGCUUACCUCGGCGAGAAGGUCACGCACGCAGUCGUCACUGUCCCUGCCUACUUCAACGACGCCCAGCGCAAGGCGACCCAGGACGCCGGCACCAUUGCUGGCCUCAACGUCCUCCGCAUUGUCAACGAGCCCACCGCUGCCGCCAUCGCCUACGGCCUCGACCGCUCGGGCAAGUCCGAGUCGCAGAUCAUUGUCUACGACCUCGGUGGUGGUACUUUCGAUGUCUCGCUUCUCUCGAUCGAGGACGGCGUCUUUGAGGUCCUCGCGACUGCCGGUGACACCCACCUUGGUGGUGAGGACUUUGACAACCGCGUCAUCGAGUACUUUGCCAAGCAGUACAAGCGCAAGAACGACGUUGACCUCUUCAAGAACAAGAAGGCCAUGGGCAAGCUCCGCCGUGAGGUCGAGAAGGCCAAGCGCACUCUGUCGAGCCAGAUGUCGACCAAGAUUGAGAUUGAGGCCAUUGAGGGCGGCAACGACUUCUCCGAGACCCUCACCCGCGCCAAGUUCGAGGAGCUCAACAUGGACCUCUUCCGCAAGACCAUGAAGCCCGUCGAGCAGGUUCUCAAGGACGCCGGCGUUAAGAAGGAGGACAUUGACGACGUUGUCCUUGUCGGCGGUUCGACCCGUAUCCCCAAGGUCCAGCAGCUCCUCAAGGACUACUUCAACGGCAAGGAGCCCUCGAAGGGCAUCAACCCCGACGAGGCUGUCGCGUACGGCGCGGCUGUCCAGGGUGGUAUCCUCUCGGGCGCCGACGGUGCCAGCGACCUUCUACUCAUUGACGUCUGCCCCCUCACCCUCGGCAUUGAGACCACUGGCGGUGUCAUGACCAAGCUCAUUUCGCGCAACUCGGUUGUCCCCACCAAGAAGUCGCAGAUCUUCUCGACCGCUGUCGACAACCAGCCCACUGUCCGCAUCCAGGUGCUUGAGGGCGAGCGUUCCAUGACCAAGGACAACAACCUUCUCGGCGAGUUUGACCUCACCAACAUUCCUCCUGCGCCCCGCGGUGUCCCCCAGAUCGAGGUUACUUUCGAGAUCGACGCCAACGGUAUCCUCAAGGUCUCGGCUGCCGACAAGGGCACCGGCAACGCUCAGUCCAUCACCAUCACCAACGACAAGCGCCGUCUCUCGCCCGAGGACAUUGAGCGUAUGGUCGCCGAGGCUGAGGAGUUUGCCGACGAGGACGCCGCCGUCAAGAAGCGCAUCGAGGCCAAGAACGCUCUUGAGAACUUUGUUUACACCCUCCGCGGCCAGCUCAAGGACAAGGAGAGCCUUGGUGGCAAGCUUGACAAGUCGGACAAGGCCGAGCUCGAGGACGCGCUCAAGGAGAAGGAGGAGUGGCUCAAGGACAACCAGGCCGCCGACGCCGAGGACUACGAGGAGCAGCUCUCGGAGCUCCAGGCCACUGUUGCGCCCAUCACGUCCAAGCUCUACGAGGGUGGCGACGCUGGUAGCUCGUACGACGACGACGAGGACUCGUACGGCCACCGUGACGAGCUCUAA